UUGUGUCUAUGACGAGAGAACAUCACGUCAAAACCAUUAACACUGGGAUGGGGUGACAUGAGCAGUAUUGAUCCCUUCAGGAUAGAUGGCCUCGGAAGAUAUAAAACUGAAGAUGCCGGCUGGGGCAAGGGCACUGAAGACUGAAGUCACCCGCGAUCCUCUCAACAUGUUGUCACUGGCAUUGCUCUACAUUCUGGCCGUGGUUUGCUCUGUGCGGAGAACUCACGCACUGCCUCUAUAUUCAGACACGGCACUGCCACAGCAGGAAGAACUGAUUCAGAAACUGGUGGCAGAGGUUGAGGAAGGACAAAGUAAUGAUUUAACAGAGCAAAGGGACAUCAAAACUGUGCUCCCUGUCCUGCUCCAGAGAGGUACAAAAGAAACUUUGCAGCAAGAGAAAAUGAAUAACAUGGUGGAUGACUUAAAAGCAGUUGUCUUAAAACUAGCAGCAGCUGAUAACCUGCGUUCUCAAGGCUAUGUACGAUCUGAGCAAAACUUGCCCAAAAACAAUAAGAGAGCCUGUUUUUGGAAAUAUUGUGUUACAAACUAGAAAUUAAUCGGCUGAGAUGGACGAAGGACCAGCCUAACAUCACUUCAUGUACAAACACCUAAAAUGUAUGCCUUUGAUUUUCCCCAUGAAAUAUCCAUUCAGCUGCCUUUUGACAUUGUGAAUAUUGUUUUAUAUUUAUAUAUAGUAAUCUAACAGGAAUAUGAAUGUAUUUUUAUCAUAAAUGAAAACGGACCUAGAACUGCAAAUGUAA